CUCCGCGGAGCUGCCAUUGCCACGGUCUCCAUCCUGACAAACGAACACCAUUGGAAGUCGGAACCUUGAAAAAAAAAAAAAAAAGCAGAAAAUGUUAACGAGAUUCUCAGCUGUAGGUUUUGCAGUAUUAUUGCUGUUACACCAAGAAUCCAUAUGUUUCAGCACCACACAAGCAUCUCCGAAGCUCUCAGAAUUCCGCCGGAAGCUCCACCAAAUGCUCACCACUACGGCGCCUUUGCCAGAAGCCAAAACGAAAGGUAGGAGGACGAGAGUGGUGUACCCGCCGGAGUACGGCGGCGAUCCGACAGGGGAAAAAGAGAGCAGCGAGGCGUUCGAGAAAGCUCUGGAAGAGGCAUUUGCCACGGAGGGAGGCGAUGAAGAAGAAAUGGUGAGAGGAGUGAAGGAUCUGGGAGGAGUGGUCAUUGAUUUGGAAGGAGGAAGCUACAGAAUCGGCAAACCCAUUUCGUUUCCUUCUUCCGGUGGCGGCAAUCUCGUGGUAAAAGGUGGGAGCUUGAGAGCAAGUGAUACUUUUCCAAGUGACAGGCAUCUGGUUGAGUUAUCCUCAUCAAACUCUUCAAAACUUGAUAACCCAGUGGAACCCUUGCAUACUGAUGGUUUCUUUGACAUGAAAGCUCAAAGUGAUGUAAUUCACUAUGAAGACAUAACCUUCCGAGACAUCCUUUUCGACUCGGGCUACCGAGGUGGCGGGAUUCUGAUAGUUGAUUCUGCGAGAAUCCGAAUUAACAACUGUUUCUUCCUCCACUUCACCACAGAAGGGAUUCUAGUCCAACGCGGACAUGAAACCUUCAUCUCAAGUUGCUUUCUUGGGCAACACUCCACAGUAGGUGGAGAUAUAGGUGAGAAAGAUUAUUCAGGAACCGCCAUUGAUCUUGCUAGCAAUGACAAUGCUAUCACAGAUGUUGCAAUUUUCUCAGCAGCCAUUGGGAUUGUGGUAAGAGGUCAAGCUAACAUAAUCACUGGAGUGCAUUGCUAUAACAAAGCAACAUCCUUUGGUGGCAUAGGCAUAUUGGUAAAACUGGCAGGAAAUUCACAAACCAGAAUUGAUAAUUGUUACUUGGAUUAUACAGGUAUAGUCAUGGAAGACCCCGUUCAAGUUCAUGUCACUAAUGGGUUAUUCUUAGGUGAUGCCAAUAUUGUGUUGAAGUCAAUUAAAGGACAAGUCUUAGGGUUAAACAUAGUUAAUAAUAUGUUUAGUGGCGACCCGAAUAAGAAGGUUCCAAUUGUGAAUUUAGAUGGGCAAUUUGGUGAGAUUGAUCAAGUGGUGAUUGAUCAGAACAAUGUUAAUGGAAUGGGGUUGAGAUCAACGGUUGGGAGGUUAACAGUUGGAGGAAAUGGGACAAAAUGGAUGGCUGAUUUUUCAAGUGUGUUGGUAUUUCCUAAUCGGAUUAGCCAUUUUCAGUAUUCAUUUUAUGCUCAAGAACCUAAAUUUGUGGCACAUUGUGUGACCAAUGUGUCAGAUAAUGUGGUGGUUGUGGAGACGAGUGAAGCAGUUGAAGGGUGGGUGUCCUUUUCUGUUGAGCAAUGAUAAUGUAAUAUAUAUUUAUCAUAUAUCAUUAUUUUGGUUAUUAUUUAAUGCUGUAUGAAGAUGACUAAUCCAUCAAUUAUCAGAACACAGAUUUUUAUCAAUGAGUAUCAACGGCAUGUGAUGCAAUCAGGAUCAUUUCAUGAUUGAAACUUGAAAGGUUUGUAUUAGAGUGAUAUCAUUGUUUUAUU